AUGGCCAUACAAAAAUUUUCCUUAGACUCCAUGAACUCUUUCCAAAGACUCCUCAAACGCUCUCAACGCCACCUUAUAAUGAUCCAACGAGAUCACCCCUUCCUCCACAACCUGCACCGCCCUUCGGUACAGCUGGCCCAUCCACUCGACCCGACCCGUACUAUCACACCCGCCCGACCCGCGACCCGAAACACACAACCGUUUGUAAUCCUUUUUCCACCUCGACAGAAUAUACCUCGCCGGAAUCUCCUCAACCCCGUUAAAGUUCAGCACACACAGCGCGUGCCGGCACAAAUACCCGUACAAGUUGAAACAGCCGCAGAUGCAGCGAACCUCGCCCGCGCCCCGGUUGUAGAGAAUCUCAAACUCUCUAACCUCUCUCCUGUUCCCUUCCUGCAGUGCCGCCGCCACCCUUUCCUUCACCACGAAAAUCGAAACGGGCCCAUCCGCGUGCACCUGCAUCGUGUGGAAGCACGAGUACAUCUCCAUCACCUCAACUCGGAACCUCUCGAACAUCGCCCGAGUGUAUAUUUUCGACACCUGGAUUUCGAACGGGCAUCUCGUCCUCAGCUCGGGAUUCGAACCUCUCGACUCCAUGUCGGCGCUCGUUUCUUCCCGUUGCUUCCUCUGCAGCGCCAGCUCAUACUUGUCGAGAAAUUCCUUCAGUGGGGUCUGCUUGUGCAGGCACUUGUCGAAAAUCGGGUUCAGCGACUCGGCCAUUCCCAUGAAGAACGUGUAGGCCGGGGCCCACAGGGCCCGGUCCUCGUACAACGACUGAAGCCACUCGUUGUCGGCGAUUCCGAACCGUUGGAUCAUGAAACCCCACGUGACUACUUUCAGGAAAGUCUUCCUCACGGCGUCGUAGUUUCGGAGGCCUCCGAGUUUUUCCGGAACUUUCCUCACGAUGUGGGACAGGGAAAACCUGUGUUGGGCGGGCCCGAUGUGGUAUCGGCCCGUCUUAGAUCGAAACUAAGGGUCCCAUCACUCGCCGUAUCUAUAACAAGUGCUCGGUACAAUUUGGCGGGCUGUGCUUCCGGGGCAGCCGGUUCUGGUUUCCUUCCGGAGUCGGUUUACGUCUUUGGCCCGUUUGAAUCCCUGGCUGCUGCAGCAUAA